AUGCCUGCUACCAACAAUGGCUGGCCCGAGGAAUUUGGCUUUAAGAUCAGUGGGAAUGGCCCUUGCUACAUCUUGGCUGUGGAAGAGGGCAGCAGUGCCCAAGUGGCUGGCCUCCAACCCGGAGACCAGAUCCUGGAGAUCGAAGGCCAGCAUGUAUCCGCCAUGAGCUGUGAGGCCCUUAUUGCUCUGGCCAGGCAGUGUGAGAAUGUGCCCCCCAGCAUCGGCGUGGUCUCACGUAUCCAACAGCUGGACCUCAAACCUGGGCCUGAGGGGCUGUUUGGUUUCACCUUGAUGUGUGAAGGAGGCUGGCCCCUGCAGGUGGAGGGUGUGGCACCCACCUCGCCAGCCGCCGAGUGCGGGAUCAAAGCAGGUGACUACAUCCUGGAAGUCAACAAGGUCCCAGUGAAGCUGUAUGAAGAGGCUGCUGCUAUGAUACAAUCCUGCCAGGGGCAAAGCCUCCAGUUGGGGCUGCUGCGGCUGGGGAGGCUCCAGAGGUGGGCCAGCAGUAGCGUGCGAGAAUUCGUCCAGAGCGCAGAUGUCAUCCAUCAGGAGAGGAGGCAGAAGGCCCGAGAGUUCAGCAAGAAGGUGCAGGAGAUCCUGGGCGACCAGCCAGAAGUCAAGGAGAAGAUGUUCACUAUUCUCAAGCAGUAUGCGGCUGAGAGGAAGGUGGACUGCCUGGCUUACGCCCUCACCAUGGUUCUCACCAAGGAGUCCCAGCACCUCCUCCUGGACAACAUCAGGAUAUUCAUCCCCAGGAAGCACAGGCAGCGCUUCGAUGAGGUGGUGUCCCAAAGCCUCAUCAGCAAGCUGUGUCGUUCCAAGAGUGAGCAGCACGUUAACCGGCUGAGGCGCAGCCGCAGCGAGGACCACCAUGAACGCCUGCUUGUCUCCACCAGGGCCAGCUCAGUGCCACGGAGCCAUGAAGAAAAUGGCAAGGGCUUGAGGAAGAGCACUUCCUUGAUUGCCAGCAAUGUGGGGUCCGGAGCAGCCCGCAGAACUGUUCGGGUCUACAAAGGCAGCAGGAGUUUUGGAUUCACGCUGCGUGGACACGCCCCUGUGUGGAUUGAGUCUGUCUUGCCUGGCAGUCCAGCUGACAAAGCAUCCCUGAGAGCUGGAGACAGAAUCCUGUUCCUCAAUGGCCUGGAUAUGAGGAACUGUUCCCAUGAGAAGGUGGUGUCCAUGCUCCAGGGCAGUGGCGCAAUGCCCACCCUGGUGGUUGAAGAGGGCAUUGUGAGCUUUUCAGACUGUGAGUCGUCUGAGACGCUCAGCUCCUCCUCCGCACUCACGUCCCUGCAGUGGGUUGCAGAGAUUCUGCCUUCCAGCAUCAAGAUCCAGGGGAGGACCUUCCACCAGCAACUGGAGCAUCUGCUCACGCCGGCCGAGCGCUACACUGUCUGCAAAGCGCUGGAGAGCUUCUUCCAGCACAGGAACAUAGACACUCUCAUAGUGGAUGUAUACCCAGUCCUGGACACCCCCUCCAAGCAGGUCCUCUGGCAGUUCAUCUACCAGCUGCUGACGUACAAGGAGCAGGAGCAUUGCCAGCAGAAGAUCGCCAGGUUCCUUGGCUACAAGUCUGUGGCAGCUGCAACUGAGCCAGAGGCUGAGGAAUGGCAUCGCAGCUCUGUUCAGGCAGCCCCUGUGAGCCGGACAAGUGUCCACACCCGCAGUUCUGAGGAUAAUGGAGCAGGAGCAGCAACUUGUGGAGCUGGUGAGGUGCCCGUCUGCCUGGGCUCUGGGGAGAGGCAAGCAGGGGAUGGGACCUCCCUUCCAGAGACACCCAACCCCCAAAUGAUGUCGGCUGUCUAUGCAGAAUUAGAGACCCGGCUGACCGCAGGCUUUGGGAGGAAGCUGGGCAGCUCAGCUUCGCGCAGGCCACCACCCCUGGCUCCAGAGCAACCGAACUCUGCAGGUGCACGGAAGACAGGCGUGGCCCUCUCCUGGCAGAACGCUGCCCCAGCUGCCCAGUCUGGCUAUUAUCACUCACCUGGCGGCAUCCCUUCCCCCAGCAGCACAGACUCCAACCCUUAUAUCAGCCUCGACAGCAGCCCGGCCCCCUCGCCCAAGCACGCGGACGGCACACUCAGCCCGCUCUCUCGGCGGCAGAAGAAGCUCUUCACCUUUUCACGCCCACCGCGCAGCCGGGACACAGACCGCUUCCUGGAUGCUCUGAGCGAGCAGUUGGGACACAGGAUCACCCUUGCGGAUGACUUCCUCACGCCCGAGAAUGACUACGAAGAGAUGAGCUUCCACGAGGAACAGGGCAACUACGUCACCAACGACUUGAGCAGUGCCAGCGAGUACCAGAGCAGCAGUGAAGGCAGCUCCUUGACCUACUCCACCUUGUCUGACCAGAUCCCACCACCUCCCAUCAGCCCUCCUCCUCCUCCUCCUCCUCCUCCUCUGCAGCUCCACGAGCCCAAAGAGGAGUGUAGGAGCAUGGAGCCCCUGAAGAACACCUCCUCAACUUUCCACCCCGGCCCCCCAUCUAGCCAUCCACAUCCCGCCCCUCCCCCUCCGCCACCCCCUCCUCCUCUACCAGUUCCAUGUAUGCCUCCCCCAGUGCCUCGGGGAAUUGUCCACCGCAGGAGCGAGUCUCACCACAUGAGCGUCAAGCGGCUGCGCUGGGAGCAGGUGGAGAACUCUGAAGGCACCAUCUGGGGGCAGCUUGGGGAAGACUCAGACUAUGACAAGCUGAGCGAUAUGGUCAAGUACCUGGACCUGGAACUGCAUUUUGGAACCCAGAAGCCAGCGAUUUCUCUUCCAGAGCCAAACCCCUUGCCAGAGUCCUUUAAAAAGAAAGACACGGUCGAGAUCCUUUCACACAAAAAAGCCUACAACAUGUCCAUCUUGAUCGCCCACCUCAAGCUCUCCCACAUCGAACUGCGCCAAAUCCUCCUGACCAUGGAGAGCGACCGCUUGGAGGCCUCUCACAUCAAGCAGCUGCUGCUGUAUGCGCCGGAUGCCGAGGAGGCGCAGCAGUACCACGGCUACCAAGGGGACCCCAGCAAACUGAGUGAGCCAGACCAGUUUGUCCAGCAGAUGCUUUUGGUGCCAGAGUACAGAACACGGUUGCGCAGCCUGCACUUCAAGACCACUCUGCAGGAGAAGACGGAAGAGAUCACAGCCAGCUACGAGUGCAUCUUCAAUGCCUCCCUGGAGCUGAAGAACAGCAAGAAGCUGGCGAAAAUCUUGGAGUUUGUGUUGGCGAUGGGCAACUACCUGAACCACGGGCAGCCGAAGACCAACAAAACUACAGGCUUUAAAAUCAACUUCUUAACGGAGUUGAACACAACCAAGACAGUUGACGGGAAAUCCACCUUCCUACAUAUUCUUGCCAAAUCACUUAGCCAACAUUUCCCAGAACUCCUGGGCUUCGCCAAGGAUCUGCCCACAGUGCCACAUGCUGCCAAAGUGAAUCAGAGAGCAUUAACAGCUGACCUUGAUGAUCUUCACACCACUGUUGAGGAGAUUGAGGCUGCCUGUCGGAAUAUGCCGGCUUGCUCGGAGGACAGGUUCGGGGGUGUGAUGGUUGCUUUCCUGGAAAGUGCCCGUCCCGUCAUUCAAUCUUUGGCUGAUCUUCAGCACAAAGCUAUGGAAGAGUUUGGCAAAGUCUUGUCCUUCUUUGGGGAAGACUCCAAAGUCACAACCUCGGAGGCUUUCUUUGGCAUUUUUGCUGAAUUCAUGAGCAAAUUUGAGCGAGCCUUCAGUGACGUGCGGGCUGGUGAGCCCCAGCGCAGCCCCCGGAUGACCCCACCUCUUGCCUGGUGA